AGAACGUAUUGAAUAUAUUUCAUUGGUAUUUUUUGUGUUUAUAUUUUAAUAUGUCAAAUAUUAUGUUGAUAUGUAAAGUUGAAUUUGAAUAAGUUCCAUAUCACUACAGGUAUAAUAAUAUAUUUACCUGGAGAGUGUUUUAAACUUCAUUUGUGAUCUACGUGGUUAGGCCUAGACUUUCAUCUAAUCUAUUCCUACGAAUUUUAUCGGUAUCACGUCAGAGUACAGACAAGCUACAGUUAUGUUUUUUUUUUUUCAAUUUUCAGUAAUAACCUUGUUUACGAACUCAGGAGACAUUAACUGAAGAGUAACAACAUUAAAGAUUUGGGUUAAUGUGCAGAAUAGAAUUAAUUGAUUAAGCCACUAAAUCAAUGAAAUUUAUCGAUUUUGUUUUCUCGAACGGUAAACCCAGUUUUGUCAUUUUAUUCAUUUUUAGUAACAUCUCACAAUGUUCAAUAAAAUUUUCUAUUAUAAUCUGAGCCUUUAUGGGGUAAGACAAAAUGGUUUAUGAUCUUAAUCAUUUUUUAUUUUAUUGAAUGUAAUGUUGAGUUGAAGUGUAAUUUAACUUGGUUUCAUUAAGAGCAGUUGUUCAACUUUAAGAAAGAAUAUUAAUUUAUAGACCUGUUGGCUGCAUACCAAAAAUGAUUUACUUUUUACGUGGAAUACGUUUAUCUGGUAGUAUUUAUGGACGUAAGAUUAUUCAUCAAAGUGUACAAACUUCAGAACACAACUGGAUGAGAUGCUCCACAAGUACCAUUUAUGCACUGUCUUCUUUUCCUGGAAGAGCUGCUGUUGCAGUCAUCAGGGUAUCUGGACCUCAGGUUAUCAUGGUGUUGAAAAGUCUUGCAAGGUUCAAAAACAUUCCAGAACCUCGUAAGUUGUUUUUAAAAAAAAUUUUUGAUCCAGUUAAUAAUAAAAUGCUUGAUCGAGGUUUAGUCGUGUGGUUUUCGAAACCAAAAAGUUUCACAGGAGAAGACUGUUGUGAGCUACACAUUCAUAGUGGAACAGCUGUAAUUAUGUCUGUGCUCCAAGCUUUAGGUAAACUUCCUAAAACUAGGCCUGCUGAGCCUGGUGAGUUCACAAAAAGAGCAUUUUUAAAUGGUAAGUUAGAUCUAACUGAAGUUGAAGGUAUAGCAGACCUUCUAAAUGCAGAAACAGAGGCUCAACAGCAACAAGCUCUUUCACAGAUGGAGGGUUGCUUAUAUAAUUUGUAUUCUGGUUGGAAAGAGAGGUUAAAGAUAUGCUUAGCUCAUGUUGAAGCAUUCAUUGAUUUUAGUGAGGAUGAAAACAUUGAAGAUGGUAUAUUGGAUCUAACAUUAAAAUCUGUACAGUCUGUGUUCAAUGAAAUUGAAAACCAUCUCGCAGAUAAUAGACGUGGAGAGCGUUUGCGUAGCGGUGUUAAGGUGGUUAUUGUAGGAGAGCCUAAUGUUGGGAAAAGUAGCCUUUUAAAUUUAAUUUGCCAAAGAGAAGUAGCCAUUGUAUCACCACUUUCAGGAACAACUCGUGAUGUCAUUGAAGCAGCAUUAAACAUUGGUGGUUAUCCCGUAUUGGUUUGUGACACAGCUGGCCUUCAGGAAACUGAGGAUUUAGUUGAACAAGAAGGUGUAAAAAGAGCUUUUCAAAGAUUGCAACAAGCUGAUUUAAUCAUAUAUGUAAAGCAUUGUUUGGAGUUCAUAGAACAGAAAAAUAUAGGUGAACUUGUAAACAAUAUAUAUAAACCAACAUUUUUAUCUGCAGUUGAUGCAAAUAAUGUUGAUAGUCAAAAGAACUUAAGAAGUGAGGAUGCAGAACUUUUGAAGAAUUCAGAAGUAAUUGUAGUAAUAAACAAGUCUGAUCUUUUACCAGAAGAGAUAAUAAAGGAAAACCUGAAGCAAAAACUUGAAAAAGAAUGCAUUUCAUGUAGUUUAAUUUCUUGUAAGACAGAGUAUGGUUUAAAUAGUUUUCUUAGUCUUCUUCAAAACAAAAUUAAAAAACUUUGUUGUGAUUCUAGAACUUUCAAACCAUCUCUUACUCAGGACCGCCAUCGCUUCCAUUUGGUUAAGUGUCAGAAAUAUCUAAAAGAGUAUAUAUUUGAAGAGGAGACUGAUAUAGCAAUAAAAGCUGAAAAGUUAAGAAAAGGUUUGAUAGAGUUAGGCAUGAUUACAGGUCAUGUUUGUACUGAAGAAGUUUUGGAUGUUAUUUUUAAAGAUUUUUGUAUUGGAAAAUAGGAAGCUUUUUAUUAGCAGUAACGAAUUAAAUGUGCAAAAAUAAAGGAAUGACAAUGUUUAUAAAGUUUAGAGGUACUUCUUCUAAUCUUCAGUUUCAAAAUUAUUAUCAAACACAUUUAUCCACAAAAUUGUUUAACAGUCAAAUAUACUACAUUGAUUUUGUGGAAAAGAGAAAAUAAUUUAGGCAUUGUUAAUAUAUAGCCUUAAGAGCCUUGUAAUUAGUAUUUAGCUGUGGUGGUGAAAAUGGAAAAGAUAUUAUCAUUUCUAUUUAAAUAGAUUGUAGCCUUUUGAAGUAGUUUGUGCAGUUUUGUUCCUGUUAGUAGAGGAAAGAUAUCGGUGUGUUAUAAAGUGUACAAAGGUGGGCUACUUAAACCAUGCAAGCUGUGAGAAAAAAAUGUAGUGUUUGAGAAUAUUUUGAAAUAUAAAAGAAUUAAAAUGACAAGACUAUAUCAUUGAACCAUCCCUCAUUAAAACAAGAAUACCAAAACACUAAUUUAAGAGCCUUCUAUUUUAAUUCGAAAUUGUAAACAAACUUAACGUCAAUAUAUUUAAUCAAUAAAAUGCUGAAAUAAUUCAAACAAAACAAACCCUUAAUGUUCAAGUUUGUAUUUCUAAGGUCUUUAUUCCACGACUGACACAUAUAAUAAGAGGAUUAUCCAACCCUUUAACUAUUUGAAGUGCCUGAAUCAAGUUUCUUUUCGUUCUAUGCCUUGAAGAAAGUAAAUCCACAAAGUUUCACAGUAGAAAUUACUUUAAAUUAUACAAAGGAAAGUCUGUGCACUCUUUCCAACAUGCUGUAGAAAAGGAGACAAAAACUGCAAACAGUGUUCCAAAUUAGGCUUCAUCAAAGUUUUGCACAAGGCUGUAAUAACCAUCUUUUUCUUUCUAAGUCAUUCAAAUAGAA